AUGAGAUUUCGGGGGGUUUGUCCUCCGUCAGGUGAUCGUGGGCGCGUUAGCCUUCUCCUCGCUGCCGUUGUGCCACUCGGUGUGCGCGUCGAUAUCAUGCCUCCCCGUGUCCAGCCCAAGUUCUACCAACUCACGAUCAAGACUCACAAACUCAGUAUCUUCCUCCCCAAGGUCCCGCAGACGCAGACAAUCAACGAGCUCAAAUCAGAGUACCUCUCUGCGAUUGCCUCCCAUGCGUACUCCUACGUGCCACCGCUAGAGGACGGUAGCGAUGUCCCGCAACUCAGCUCACCGGAUGACUUCGAGCUUUGCCGCAGCGUGCGCGAUCAGGACGCGUACAGACGGGGCGUGCUGAUCGUGGAGUACAAAGUCCUGGACGGCAAAGCGUCUGUCAAGGGAUCGUUGAACAAUUGGGAAUCUUUGUUCGUCCAGUUCAAGGAUCGUCGGACAGGGGAGCUACUGCCGAUACAAGUGACGAUACCAUCACUGCAAGACGACGAAGACGAGCCACCUGCGCCUUCAAGAGGACGCCCGGAACCAUCCCCUGGUAAAGGCAAGCGCCGAGCAUCUUCGACAGACUAGGCAUUCCCUGCAUUCGCGAAUUAUGUGGGACAGCAUGUAUACAAUGAUGAUGAGUCUAUGCUACAAAUGCAUCCGGUUCGACCAUAGCGAUAAUCUAGCCCUCCGAGUGCUCGCACAUGCAACGCUACAGCAUGGUACUCGAGCAAGCUUCACCCCGCAUGGACGACGCGCGAUGUAUGUCGACC